GGCAGAGCAUGGAAGCUCAGGGCAGAGCUAGCUGGGUCCAUCUGCAAGUGACCAGGCAGCCUUCUUACAGGAAGAGACAUUAAAAGAGGGAAGUCAAGGAGGAAGAGAAAGGUUUCUGAGAAACCUUGCCAAUUAUCUCAAGGAAUACCUGCCUUUAUCAGUAUGAAUUACAAAAAAAUAAAAGAACAACCUCAAGACUUCUCCCAGCCCCACCUGGCUCAUGAAGUUUAAGUUCAGUUCCUAGCUUGCCAGUGCAACCAGGAAAACCUGAACAGUGGGCAACCUGCACGGCUAUGGAAGGCCACAUCAGGCAGAUAACUAACGGAUUGAGGUGUACAGAGUGGGAAGACAGGCUGUGUCAGCCGUGGAUAACUACAACUAGCAGGGCCACAGUGGGCCCUCAGCUGCCUAGCCGGGCUGUCUCAGCCAAAGCCCAGUGUGGGGUCUGCCUUGUUCCAUAGACUUGAGCAUCCCUUCCACAGGGAAACUUGACCCACCCAGGACCUGCAUGCCGAUACCUAUUGUGUCCCUGGGCCUGAAGAAGGGCGCAGGCCGGAUCCUGGCGGUGGCAGUAGGCUCAACACACGGAGCGGGGGCGACGUGCAGGAGGCAGGAGGAGGAGCCGGCGGCCAGCACCGGUGUCAUGUCGCGCCAGGCGAAGGAUGACUUCCUGCGACACUACACAGUCUCGGACCCAAGAACCCACCCCAAGGGUUACACAGAGUACAAAGUAACCGCUCAGGUAGUGGUCUGGAAGAGAUACAGUGACUUCCGUAAGCUCCAUGGGGACUUAGCCUACACUCACCGCAACCUCUUCCGUCGCCUGGAGGAGUUUCCGGCUUUCCCACGUGCCCAGGUGUUUGGUCGGUUUGAAGCCUCAGUGAUCGAGGAACGGCGCAAGGGUGCAGAGGACUUGCUGCGCUUCACAGUGCCCAUCCCUGCGCUCAACAACAGCCCCCAGCUCAAGGAGUUUUUCCGGGGUGGGGAGGUGACACGGCCCUCUGAGGUGUCCAGGGACCUGCAAAUCUUGCCACCCCCUCUCAUCCCCACACCACCUCCUGAUGAGGCCCGGCUACUCCAGCCACUGCCUGCGGAAAGGAGGGGCCAGGAGGAGUUGGAGGUGCCAGUGGAUCCCCUCCCAUCCAGCCCUGCACAGGAGGCCUUGGACCUUCUCUUCAGCUGUGACAGCACCGAGGAAGCUUCUGGCUCCCCGGCUCGAGGCCCCCUCUCAGAGGCUGAACUUGCCCUUUUCGACCCUUACUCCAAAGAGGAAAGUACAGGCCCCAGCCCUACCCACACAGGUGAGCUGGCAGCCAUAGAGGUACAGUCCAAAAGGCUGGACCAGGAACCCUGGGAGCCAGGAGGACAGGAGGAGGAAGAGGCUGGGGAUGAAGAACCUGCCCCAGCUUACCUGGGCCAGGCCACAGAGCUCAUCACUCAAGCCCUGCGGAAUGAAAAGGCUGGGGCCUAUGCUGCUGCUCUCCAAGGCUACCAAGACGGGGUGCACAUCCUGCUUCAGGGCGUCUCAGGCGACCCAUCCCCUGCCCGCAGGGAAGGUGUGAAGAAGAAGGCAGCUGAGUACCUGAAGCAGGCAGAGACCCUUCGUGCGCACUUGCCCUGAGAGGAUAGACCCUGGGAUGUCAGCUCCAGCACUGCCAGCCUCCUCCACGCCUUUCCUUGGGACCUGGCCUUGUUUCCUGCUCUUAUGACUACCAGGGGCCAUAUCUGUAUUAACUGGAUCAAGUAUAAGAAAAGCAAAGACUUCUCAGCUCUGACCUGCCUGCCUCCUUGGAAUCAGACUUGAACUUCUGGUCCUGCCUAUCUGUUUUAUGGGAGCAGUAUCUGGGCCACUAAUCUGUCAGUUCACCCAUCUAGAGCCAAAGUCUGUAGCCAGACCUGGCCCACUGCCUUUUUUGUAAGACCCUUGAGAGCCUGCCUUUCUUUCUUCCUUUCUUUCCUUCUUUCUUUCUUUCUUCCUUUCUUCUCACUCUUUUCUUUCUCCUCUCUUUUUCCUCUCUCUUUUCUUUCUUUCUCCCCUCUCUCUUUUUUUUUUUAUGGUUGGAAGGAAAAGGAUUGACUAGUAAAAAUUUCAUAAAAUUUAAAUAUGUGUGAGUAAAACGCGUGUCUGAACAUAA